AUGUAUCGGAAGUUGUCUAAGUUAGAACACUCGGAAAUAAAACAACUUCUUACAGAAGCUAACAUAGAUGUUGCAAAACAUUACGCAACAAACAAAAAAGCACUCGCUGACUUCAUUAAAGACUAUAAUGGUGCAAUAAGUUAUGAUAGAAUUCAUGAGUUCAUAAAGCCGCAACGCGGCGAGGACGAAGUCCAUGCAAGAGCAUUUCCUUUAAAUGACGUUGCUAUUGACUUAUAUCAUAGACGUUCAGUACCUCAUGAAGUAAGAAGAGAAAUGUUUGACAUAACAAAUGCAAACGUUGGUGAAACAAGAAGAAGAGACGACACACUGAAACAACAGAGAAGAGAGAUGUUUAAAAGUGCUAUAGAACAAGUUCGCAAAGCUAACGAUGUCAUUCGUUCCAUUGACGACAAACCAAAAGAAGGUGAGAGAUGGUUAAAGAAAGAUGAAGAGAAUAGGAAGAGAAAUGUGAAGUCAGGCAAUAGACUCAUUGACUUUAACAUCGAAGCUUUAGAUGAACCAAACAGAGACUACUUACACAAACAUUUCGGUAAGGUUUUCAUGAGACUCUUAGAGAAAAUUAAAAUAAACUCACAACAGAGAUGGAUGGUAUGUUAUAAACUUGGUGGAAAGUAUGAAUGUUCUACGUUAAACCUCAAUAAUAUUGGAACAUUACUACAUCAGCUCUUGAAGGAGAACUUUAUAUCAGAGAUAGAAGCAAAUGCUGCAGGUAUUGUUGAAAUGCACUAUGACUUCUUCUUGACAAACAUAAAGAAUCUUACUGAAAUAAAGAUGUAUGAUUUAACAGAAUAU